AAAAUUUCUCCAUUGAAUAGUACUCAAUAAUUUAUGAAAUAAAUCAGGUUUUUGCUAAUCCAGCUCAAAUUUUGGAAUUUUCAGGAUAUUCUGGGGACCUUUUGGGUUUUGAUAUCGUAAAUCCUAGGAAUCGAAUGUCUAGUCGAUCAACUAGUAGUACUGACCACUCUGUUGAUGUGAAAGAGCUAUUGGAGAUUGGGGAAAGAUGUAAAGAGCUUAGGAAAGAAAAAGAUAUGCUGAGGGGUUCACAAGGCCAGAGCUUUGAACUGAUCCGAAAAAAAUGUUUGCAGAGACUAGAACAGCAUGUGCAGACAUUAUCUGAGGCCCGAGCAGAAGACAAAAAUCACAUCCAGAAACUGGAAAGAGAGUUGGAGAACUGUUUCCAAGAGAUAGAUUACCUGCAGGAUCAGCUGCAUUUAAGAAAUGAAGAGAUGAAUUCUCUAAGUGAGUGUGUGUGCAGCCUUCAGUUGAAACUUGCAAACCUUGAAAAUAUAUACGAAGAGGUUGCAAGGUUAAGGGAGGAAUUGGAAAUUUCAAAUGCUGAACGCUUAUAUUUGUUGCAGCAAUUGGAAAACAAAGAGUUAGAGAUAGAGGGCUCAGCUUUGUGCAUAGAGAGACUAGAGGAGUCAAUAGCAUCUGUAGGAUUAGAGCAUCAAUUUGAAAUAGAGGGUAUGAAGCUUGAUUUGAUGGCUGUGGAGCAGAAUUAUUUUGAAGCUAAGAAAUCCCAAGAAGAAACAACUCAAGAGAAUGUUAAGUUGAAUGAGUUUAUUCGUGACCUCGAACUUCGGAUGGAUGACACAGAGAAGGCUAUUGAAAGUUUCGAGAAGGAAAAUGAAAGUUUAAGGGAACAACUCCAGGCAUCUGAAUUGAAUGCCAAAACAUUUUCUGAAAAAGUAGAGGAGCAAUUUCGUGGUUGGGCAGCGAAUAUUGAUGUGAGCUCCUCAAGUAAAGAAGAGGAAAAUGGUACUAGCUGCUGUGGUGACAUUUUGGGUCCACUCCUCAUCAAACUGGCUGCUAUAGGGCCAUCGGAUGUUGACUUGAUGGACAAGAUGGAGGAAAUGGCUGGUCAAAUAAAGAACUACGAGUCACUUGUAAAGCAGCUUAAGGAAGAGCUGAGAAUGGAAAAGCUAAAAGCCAAAGAAGAAGCAGAGGAUUUAGCCCAAGAAAUGGCUGAGCUGCGCUAUCAGAUGACUGGAUUGCUUGAAGAAGAACGGAAACGUCGUGCAUGUGUUGAACAAUUAUCUUUACAGAGAAUAGCACAGUUAGAGGCGCAGAUUGAAAAAGAAAGUAUGAAAUCCUUCAAUGAAGAAGAUCAAAGUAAAUCUAUCGCCAUUUACAGACAUGUCAGUGAAGCAUAAAGUCAGAUCAAAUGUUGCAAUUUCAAGCAUGUCUUUCCGGUGGAGCGUGUGUUUAAGCAACUGGCAAAGGAUUCUGAUCAAUAGCUGUAUUAUCACCUUAUCAAGUGUGAGAUGGUGGAGAAGUUCAGUUUGCUUCAUUGUUUUCAGAAUGAGUAAUACAUGCAUAAAUAUUGAGCUUUCUGUUUGCAGAUGAAAGAUUGUUAACUCUUAAAUGGAAUCAAUGUUGGCUUUGAUGUGCUUCAUGAUUUGCUGGUUUCAUUUGCUGAUAUCCUGCCUAGGGAAGAUGAUUCCAGUCCCAGAUGAAAUGCUGGGUUAUCAUCAUUGCACAGUUUAGUUGGAUUAUGAUGCUUUUACAUACCAACGACUCGUGCUUGUACAGAUUUGUUUUUUUCUUGUUGAACCAUGGAAAUGUAAUUUAUUUGAGCUUUUGCUUUCUUGAAAUAAUUGGAUGUCCCAGUGUGGUCAAAAUUUGUAAUUGGUCUCCUGGAAUGUGCUUGCAAACUGCAAAGUCUUUUCCUAAAGGGUGCGUCUGAAUUAUACAUUUUUUGUAUCA